GUCCACUGGCAAUCAGUUGCUGACAUUUGGCUUGAAUAAUAAUGAAACUUCUCGUGGUAUACACGAUCGCCCUGGUGGCAGUGAUCCACGGCAUAGAAGUUGAUAAAGAGUGUGCUGGAAUCCGUAACGGAAGCACUUUCCGAGUAAGGGACGAUUGUUCAAGAUACUACGCUUGCACGAAUGGAAAAUUUGAAGGGUUUCAAUGUCCAUCGGGACUUUACUGGGACCAAUUCUCCCGAGUUUGUAAAAUUCCAGAGCAGGUUUCCUGUUCUGUGGGACCUUUUGUACCAGAAUCAGUGGCACCAGAAGCCCCUGUAGCUCCUGUUGCUCCUGUCGCUCCUGUCGCUCCAGUUGCUCCCGUAGCUCCAGUAGCCCCAGAAGUACCAGUUUGGACCACUGCACCAGUUAUCAUCACUACUGCAAUCGUACCGAUAAACAUCGAUGACUCCGAAGUCGAACAUGCGUACAAAUGUCCCAAGAAUGGCGUAUCAAGCGUUGCUCAUAAGGACAGCUGCUCAAAAUACGUCAUGUGCUUUGACGGUGUGCCGGUUGUUCAGGACUGCGCCCCAGGACUUCAUUUCGAUGCUACCUCUGGUCAAUGCACUUACCCGAUCUACGCGAGAUGUGGUCUACAAGACAGAAUCUGCCCGAUGUGGAAUGACCCCUACAAAAUGAUUUUUAUUGCUGACAGAUUCGACUGCGCGAAGUAUUACUACUGCUACAAUGGUGAGCCUCACGAAAACAGCUGUGCACAAGGGCUGCAUUGGGAUCCCAUCAACAAUUGGUGUACGCCAAUUGAGAAGUCGCAUUGCACCAAUUUUACUCCAUACAAAGAGGUGUACGAACCGUUUCUGACCCCUAAAACGGUUUCCUGUCCGGACACUUCAGCAAACUGGGUAGACCAUCCAAAGAGCUGCCGUCACUACUAUCUAUGCUAUAAGGGUAAAGCGAUGCUGAAACGCUGUGACGAAGGUCUCAACUGGGACAAUACAUCUGGAUCGUGCAACUACGAAUCUAUCACACACUGCAGUAAAUAGAUUGGGAUGAAAACAUAUCGUUGGGUUAUGGCUGCUAAUUAAAUGCAAUACAAAAGUGUAUACAAGCAUAUAACUGUGAUACAUAUCGCGUAUUUGAAAUUUCUUAUUGUUAGCAUGACAUAAGGUACACCGAAGAAAGUAGGAUCUGCCAAGGAAAAUGAAAAUACAGAUAAGAACAGUUUUGCACACUUCUUAUGUGGUUUUGCUCAAUAAUUAAUAAAUUUAAAAAAUGGGUCGAGUUUUCACUUUCCUUCAUAAUAGACCUCGGAUGCUCCGGUGUACCUUACUUCCACUGAAACUUAGCAUUUUGUAUUUUCCAAUUACCAAGAUUUUAUUAAAAUUUAA